AUGGUGGCCCCGAUGUGUGGCUCCCCCGGCGGCCGCCUGGCCCGGGCAGUGACGCGGGCGCUGGCGCUGGCCCUGGUGCUGGCCCUGCUGGUCGGGCUGUUCCUGAGCGGCCUGACCGGCGCGAUCCCGACCCCGAGGGGCCAACGGGGACGGGGGAUGCCGGUUCCGCCCGCCUCCCGCUGCCGCUCGCUGCUCCUGGACCCGGAGACGGGCCAGCUGCGCCUGGUGGAUGGCCGCCACCCUGACGCCGUGGCCUGGGCCAACCUUACCAACGCCAUCCGCGAGACCGGGUGGGCCUUUCUGGAGCUGCACACGAACGGCCGCUUCAACGACAGCCUGCAGGCCUAUGCCGCGGGCGUGGUGGAGGCCAGCGUGUCCGAGGAGCUCAUCUAUAUGUACUGGAUGAACACGGUGGUGAAUUACUGCGGCCCCUUCGAGUACGAAGUCGGUUACUGCGAGAGGCUCAAGAACUUCCUAGAGGCCAACCUGGAGUGGAUGCAGAAAGAGAUGGAGCUGAACAAUGGCUCUGCUUACUGGCACCAGGUGCGGCUGACCCUCCUGCAGCUGAAAGGCCUAGAGGACAGCUAUGAAGGCAGUGUGACCUUUCCAACUGGGAAGUUCACCAUCAAACCCUUGGGGUUCCUCCUGUUGCAGAUCUCUGGGGACCUCGAAGACUUAGAGGUGGCCCUGAAUAAGACCAAGACCAACCAUGCUAUGGGCUCUGGCUCCUGUUCUGCCCUCAUCAAACUGCUGCCUGGCCAGAGUGACCUCCUGGUCGCCCACAACACGUGGCACUCCUACCAGUACAUGCUGCGCAUCAUGAAGAAGUACUGGUUCCAGUUCAGAGAAGGGCCCCAAGCGGAAUCUACCCGGGCUCCUGGCAACAAGGUGAUAUUCUCAUCCUAUCCUGGUACCAUUUUCUCCUGUGAUGACUUCUACAUCCUUGGCAGCGGGCUGGUGACCCUGGAGACCACCAUCGGCAAUAGGAACCCGGCCCUGUGGAAGUACGUGCAGCCCAAGGGCUGCGUGCUGGAGUGGAUGCGCAAUGUCGUGGCCAAUCGCCUGGCCUUGGACGGGGACUCCUGGGCUGACAUCUUCAAGAGGUUCAACAGUGGCACGUACAACAACCAGUGGAUGAUCGUGGACUACAAGGCGUUUGUGCCCGGCGGGCCCAGCCCUGGGAGAAGGGUGCUCACCGUCCUGGAGCAGAUCCCGGGCAUGGUGGUGGUGGCCGACAGGACCUCAGAGCUCUACCAGAAGACCUACUGGGCCAGCUACAACAUCCCGUCCUUUGAGUCUGUGUUCAACGCCAGCGGGCUGCCGGCCCUGGUGGCCCGCUAUGGGGACUGGUUCUCCUACGACGGGAGUCCCCGAGCCCAGAUCUUCCGACGGAACCACUCGCUGGUACACGACCUGGACUCCAUGAUGCGGCUUAUGAGGUACAACGACUUCUUACACGACCCCCUGUCACUGUGCAAAGCUUGCACCCCCAAGCCCAAUGGGGAGAAUGCCAUCUCUGCCCGCUCCGACCUCAACCCAGCCAAUGGCUCCUACCCCUUCCAGGCUCUGCACCAGCGCUCCCACGGGGGCAUCGACGUGAAGGUGACCAGCGCGGCCCUGGCCAAGGCCCUGCGCCUCCUGGCGGUCAGCGGCCCCACGUGGGACCAGCUGCCCCCGUUCCAGUGGAGCACCUCGCCCUUCAGUGGCAUGCUGCACAUGGGCCAGCCUGACCUCUGGAAGUUCUCGCCCAUCGAGGUCUCUUGGGACUGA